UGCGGCGGGUGCCGGGCGGCGCCAAGCCGGCCAAUGAAAGCCGAGAAUCCUGGGCGGCGCCCCGCCCCCCGCCUUAUAGCCAAUCAAAUAAAAGGAAAAGCGGGGAAAAUUUAGAGCCACCGCUAGGAUGCGGUCGCAGGUUGGUGCUGACGUCAAAAUAUCGCGCUUGGACUAGCCGGCACCAGCGUGCUGCGGUACCCUAGAGAUGGCGUCUCGUAGCCGGAGACCCGAACACAGCGGACCGCCAGAGCUGUUUUAUGAUCAGAAUGAAGCCCGGAAAUACGUUCGCAACUCACGGAUGAUUGACAUCCAGACCAAGAUGACCGAGCGAGCGUUGGAGCUCCUCAGUUUGCCGGAGGGUCAGCCCUCUUACCUGCUGGACAUAGGCUGUGGUUCUGGAUUGAGUGGGGAUUACAUCUCAGAUGAGGGACACUAUUGGGUGGGCAUCGACAUCAGCUCUGCCAUGUUAGAUGCCGCCUUGGACCGAGACACAGAAGGAGACCUGCUGCUAGGGGACAUGGGCCAGGGAAUCCCUUUCAGACCAGGCUCUUUCGAUGGCUGCAUCAGCAUCUCUGCCGUGCAGUGGCUCUGCAAUGCAAACAAGAAGUCGGAUGUCCCUGCCAGGCGCCUCUACCACUUCUUCUCUUCCCUGUACUCUGUCCUUGUCCGUGGGGCACGUGCCGUCCUGCAGCUAUACCCUGAGAACUCGGAGCAGCUGGAGCUGAUCACAGUCCAGGCCACGAGGGCAGGCUUCACUGGCGGCGUGGUAGUGGACUUCCCCAACAGCGCCAAGGCAAAGAAGUUCUACCUCUGUCUGUUUUCUGGGCCUUCCACCUCCCUGCCAAAGGGGCUGACUGAAAGUCAGGAUGCAGACCAGGCCACUGAAUCCACUUUCACCAGUGAGAGGGCUCCACACAAGAAGGCGCGGCGGGACCUGGUGAAGAAGAGCCGGGAGUGGGUCCUAGAGAAGAAGGAGAGGCGCAGGCGCCAGGGCAAGGAGGUCAGACCUGACACCCAGUACACCGGCCGCAAGCGCAAGCCCCGCUUCUGAGGGUGCUGCAUCUAA